GCCGAGGCCGGAAGUCAGCCGUUACUUCCGCACUCCGCUCCCUCCCGGGCGUCCAGAGGCGGAAGUGAAAGGUGUCUACCGGGAGCGUUGGUAGGAGCGCGGAUGCAGUGUGCGGGCUGGGGCUGGGGAGCUGCUGGAGCCUUUGCGAGCGGCUUGCGAGUCUCUGCUAGACAGGGCGAUGAAUGGCUAAAGGCCAUUGCAGAACUGCCCGAGGGAAGGCGAGCCUUCGAUGUGGGAUUACGGCGGUUCUGAGUUUAGACUCAUCAAGCCCUCCACACUUCGUACAGCAAAGAGCUCGGCAUUGGCUCGGAAUUUGUAACUUUAGGGACAGUGCCCACCCUUAGGUUGUUGUAUAUAUAGGGCAUUACGAAAUAAUGUAUGUGUAACGUGGGGUUCUGGUAUUAAAGUGCGUUUGCGAUUCCGCUACCUUCCCCCCAUGCGUUGCCGUUUUCUUUUUAUUAUGACUGAGAAAUGUUUAGUUUGCGAGAGGUCGUGCAUCUCACAAAAAUGAUUUGACCUGGACUUCUUUAUUCUCUACUACACUGGCGAUAUUUUUGCCUUUUUCUUUUCCAAAUUAGUGGUGUGGUGGUAGAAACAUCGGUUUUUACCUUUUCUGGAGAGAUCUAAAGUCUCUUAUGACAAAGUCGACAUCGAUAUGUAGUUCUGUUCAAAACAAAACAAAACAACCCUGUACACUUAAAUGCUGUGUCAAAAGAGUAGCGGGAUUGUGGAAUUCCCAAAGAUUAGCAGUUUUCUUUAAACACCUGUUAGCUUUCCAGCUGUGGGAUGGGGUGGGGUGGAGGGGACGGGAAGGGACAGGGACAUAAAUCUUCCAUCUUGAACCUCGGUAGUUACAGUCACCAAGAUGUUGGUGAUAUUCAUGAAAUUUAACGAAGCUUAAGAAAAUGGUUUAUUUUAGAGGAAGAUUGAAGGCAAUUAUUCGAUAUUUGCUUUUUUUAAAAUUUGUCUUGGGAUAGUUAAUUUGCCAGAGGUUACAAAUUCAGCUCAACAAUCUGUUUUUAAAAGGACAUUGUGUUUAUACAAUGACUUGCAAAUACAACUUGGGUUCAUGAAAAUGACCCUUUUUCUUUUCUGAAAGAAAAGACAAUUUAACUCAGAAAAGUGCACGUGCUUUCCCGCCUGCGAGUGCGCUCAUAUGUGAGCUUUGAGUUUGAUAAGAUAGUAGUAGUAAGUGCUGAGGGGAGAGAGCAUCUACUGAGAAGGUGAUGGGAAUAUGAGAAUUAUGAGGAAAAACAAUAGGACAUGCUUCUAAUGGAGAAUACACACACACACACUCAUGUGUGUGACAUGAAAGUAAAAGAGGGACUUUGGGAAGAUAGAUACAGAUUCCAUUAUUUGUUAUGUCAGUUAAAAAUAAUGAAAAGACAGCAAGGACACUGAGACUAAAAUAGGCAGGAACAAGAUUGCUUUGUUGCUGUUUUGAGUGAAGUUGAUUUGGUAAGGAAGAGAGAGAAUGUAAAACCCUCCUGGGGGUGCUUACCACAAUGACAUUAAUCAGAGGAGCGCUACUUUGGGUGCUGCAUGGAUGCUCAGUUCAACUUUAUAUGUUGAUACAUUUAGAAAAUAUUUAUUUGGAGGAUAAGUUAUAUAAAGAGAAACAAAAAUCUACUUGUGACAAGUCUAACAAACUAAUAGUUUUUUUUACCCUUUUCUUAGGAGUCUUAGCAAACCUUUUUCUUAUUUUAUUGGUAUUAGAAUUUCUGUUGAAUAUUCUGUGUCAUGUUUAUCGUUUACCGUGGUGCUAAUCAUCUGAAAGGAAUGAGCUGUCUGGUAGUAAUCUUCAAGCUGAUAGACUUAGUAUAUGUAUCCUUAGUGACUGAUUUUUAAAAAUUUAUUAUUCAUAUUGUAUUUGUUAUAAAAUGUAUGUAAAAUAGAAAUUGUCACAGGAUAAGACAAGUAUAAUUGAAAAUUGAUACUGUCUAUUGGAUAAUUUUGCAUGCUUAUUUAUAACGCUUCUUAUAAAACUUGGCUGACUGUAAUGUGAUAGUCUUCUGUCCAGUUAUCCAGCAGAGGUCAUCCAUGAGCAUCUGGAAGGGAAAAGGUUGGAUUGUACAUGCUAGAUAGAGCUUGCUUUCUUCUUUCUUUCCUUCUUUCUUUUCUUUUCCUUCUUUCUUUUCUUUUCUUUUCCUUUCUUUCUUUCUUUCUUUCUUUCUUUCUUUCUUUCUUUCUUUCUUUCUUUUUUCCUUCCUUCCUUCCUUCCUUCCUUCCUUCCUUUCUUUCUUUCUUUCUUCUUCUUCUUUUCUUUCUUUCUUUUCUUUUCUUUUUCUUUUUAUAUGUAUAUUUUAUUAAUUAAUUGAGAAUUUAAUACAGUGUAUUUUGAUCACAUUCACUCCACUCCUCCAGCUCCUCCUAAAUUCACAUCCCAUUCCAUAACCAUUGAAGUUUUUGUUCUUGCUCUUUUUUUUUCCCAUUUUUUAUUAGGUAUUUAGCUCAUUUACAUUUCCAAUGCUAUACCAAAAGUCCCCCAUACCCACCCACCCCCAAUCCCCUACCCACCCACUCCCCCUUUUUGGCCCUGGCGUUCCCCUGUACUGGGGCAUAUAAAGUUUGCGUGUCCAAUGGGCCUCUCUUUCCAGUGAUGGCCGACUAGGCCAUCUUUUGAUACAUAUGCAGCUAGAGUCAAGAGCUCUUUUUUUUAAAGCCAUUAAAUUCAGUUAGUAUUGUCUGUAUUCAUUUGGUUAUAUGGCCAUCAUCAGAAUGUUGGAUCUACUGGGGCCCACACCCUUGACUGGAAAAAAAAAAUUAAAGGAGGACAUGGCUGUUCCUGGAUUUGUUGUAACAGAAGGGUGAUUGUAUAUAUGAGGGAGAAAACAGCCAGAGGCAUCUAGAAGGAUCUAGAGUGGAUAUGAGUGGCAGACUGAGCUGGGUCAUGUGAGGAGGGAGGAGAGGACAGGAAGAGAGGGCAACCUUGAGCAGCAGCCAAGAGACAAAAAGGCCAAAAAGGAACAAAAGGCCUGGCGUUGCUGAAAUGGCUGGAGGGGGAUGGGCAGCCCAGCCUCUGACUGGAGAGUUCAGGGUAGAGGUGGGAUAUGCCAGCCAGGAGGACCUUGUAACAGAUAAGGACUGAGGGAUGAUGGGAGAACCUGGCAGCCAGGUCAACUUUGAUAUGUUUAAUGAAUACUUCAGCUAGUGUUCUUGGCAAACUCUUGUCCCAGGUUUAAGACCUAACAACUUUGAAUUAGAAAAUUAAUUGCUCUCUCCUCCUUUCUGGUAUUGGGGAAUUGAACUCAAAUCUUCAUGCAUGCUAAGGAUAUAUAAUGUAUCACUGACCUACCUCUGAAUUACAGUCCAUCCCUCAACUAUAUCAAUAUGAAGAUGGAAAUGAGUUUAGAAUUAUGGCAUUGCAACCAAGAAAACAGUUUGGAAAACUGAGAUAGAGAUUAAUGUUGGCAUCUUUUGUCUACAGAUGUGUGUGUGUGUGUGUGUGUGUGUGUGUGUGUGUGUGUGUAUGAUCCAUUUAAAGGGUAUCAUAUGUCUAAAAAAGACAUUAAAGAUGCAAAUUAGAUAAUCUGAAGUGUGUUUUUUUUAGAGCUUCAUUUAGAGUUUGAGGUAGCCAGAAGCAAAGAGAUCUAGUGUCUGUGGCAGGUUCAGUUCAGACAUCUGGCAAGUUGAAAGUUGAAUUGUAAUUAAAGGGCAAUUUCUUAGGAACAAGCCAAAGAUGUCAGAAACCACAGAAAAGAGAAGAGGUGGAGAGGAGUAAAUGAUUCUGGAGAGUCAAAGCAGGCACAGUGAACUAAAAGAACAAUACAAGGGCAGGGCAGCUUGGGGCAGCAUGGUGUUCUGCUUCUCUGUAAGUCAAAGAGGAAGAGCCUUGAGUCCAUAGGGACCCAACAGAAGCCAUGAGGCAGGAGCAUUUGAAAAACUUUGGGCUACCUGAUGAUUAUGGCAUCAAGAAACAUCUGGUGUGUGAGAAGAAACUUUCUCUUUGAUUUAAGAGGCUGGAUGCUUCAGUAUUCAGCAGAAGUUUUCCUCAAGUCGAUUUCAUUCAGGACGUUUAGUGUGGAAUGCGACAGUAAGGACAAGGAGUCUUUGGAGGAGGAGAGGGAGGACCUGCUGAGCAACUUAGUCACCAUGGGCGUUGAUAUCGACAUGGCAAGGAGGCGACAGCCUGGAGUUUUUAACAAGGCUGUUACGAAUGAGCAGGAGCUGAAGAUAUUCCUUCUGUCCAAGGGAGCUAGUGACAAAGUGAUUGGUAGCAUCAUAUCAAGAUAUCCACGAGCUAUAACACGCACUCCUGAAAGUCUUUCAAAACGGUGGGAUCUGUGGAGAAAGAUUAUGGCAUCAGACCUUGAAAUUGUAAAUAUUUUGGAGCGUUCUCCUGAAUCCUUUUUUCGAUCUAAUAACAAUCUAAACUUAGAGAAUAAUAUAAAGUUCCUUUGCUCUGUUGGAUUGACUCAUAAAUGCCUCUGCAGACUGUUGACCAAUGCUCCCAGAACCUUCUCCAACAGUCUGAAUUUGAAUAAGCAAAUGGUUGAAUUUUUGCAGGAGACUGGUAUGUCCUUAGGUCACAAUGAUCCCAGAGAUUUUGUCAGGAAGAUAAUUUCUAAAAACCCUUCCAUCUUAAUUCAGAGCACCAAGCGUGUAAAAACUAACAUUGAAUUUUUACAAUCAACUUUCAACUUGAACAAACAGGACCUGCUGCUUCUGAUAUGUGGCCCAGGAGCUAGAAUCUUAGACCUUUCCAAUGACUGUACCAAAAAAAAUUACACAAACAUAAGAGAGAGGCUGCUUUCUCUUGGGUGCAGUGAGGAGGAGGUACAGAGGUUUGUCCUAAGCUAUCUGAAUAUGGUCUUCUUGUCAGAAAAAAAGUUUAAUGAUAAAAUAGACUGCCUUAUAGAAGAAAAAAUCAGUGCUUCACAAAUAAUUGAAAAUCCGAGGAUUUUAGACUCCAGCAUAAAUACUUUAAAAACUCGCAUCCGAGAGCUGUCCCAUGCUGGGUAUGACUUGAGCACAUCCAGCAUUGCUCUGCUGUCCUGGAGUCAGAGAAGAUAUGAAGCUAAACUGAAGAGAUUAUGUGGAUAGGACAGUGUAGGAGGAGUCGCAGGCAAUUGGACAGGUGUGGCACUGGUUCCAGUAUGGACUUUUCAAACAGGAGAGUUUUGUUUUUGUUUUUUAAUUAUUUUUUUAUUAAAUUUUUUUAAAUAAAAAUUUUAAAGUAUUUAAGAU